AUGUCUGAAGAUUCCGCCGCUAAAGCUGCUACUGAAGCAGUCGCCAAUUUACAUUUAGAUGAAGAAACCGGUGAAAUGGUUUCUAAGUCUGAAUUGAAGAAGAGAAUUAAGCAAAGAGCUGUUGCUGCCAAGAAGGCUGCUAAACAAGCUUCUGCUCCCCCUAAACCAGAAGCUAAGAAGAAGAAGGACGAUGGUUUAGCCGAUUUAUCGCCUUCUCAAUAUUUUGAAGCAAGAUCUAGGAAUAUUUUGGAAUUGAGAAAAUCGCAAGAACCAAACCCAUACCCACACAAGUUCAAUGUGUCUAUCACUUUACCAAAAUUCUUGGAAAAAUAUGCUUAUUUGAAGAGAGGUGAAACUUUGCCAGAAGAAAAAGUUUCCAUCGCUGGCCGUAUCCACGCUAAGAGAGAAUCUGGUUCUAAAUUGAAGUUUUAUGUCAUUCACAGUGAUGGUGUCGAAGUUCAAGUCAUGUCUCAAGUUCAAGACUACGGUAUUCAAGAAAACUAUGAAAAAGACCAUGAUUUAUUAAAGAGAGGGGAUAUUGUAGGUUUCGAAGGUUACGUCGGUAGAACACAACCUAAGAAAGGUGGUGAAGGUGAAAUUUCUGUCUUCGUCGAAAGAAUUGAAUUGCUAACUCCAUGUUUACAUAUGUUGCCAGCUGAUCACUUCGGUUUCAAAGAUCAAGAAACCAGAUACAGAAAACGUUACUUAGAUUUGAUCAUGAACAAAGAUGCCAGAGGUCGUUUCAUCACCAGAUCUAAGAUCAUUAGUUACAUCAGAAAGUUCUUGGACAGCAGAGAAUUUAUCGAAGUCGAAACUCCAAUGAUGAACGUCAUUGCGGGUGGUGCCACUGCUAAGCCAUUCGUCACUCACCACAACGAUUUAGAUAUGGACAUGUACAUGAGAGUUGCCCCAGAACUAUUCUUAAAAGAAUUAGUUGUUGGUGGUAUGGACCGUGUUUACGAAAUUGGUAGACAAUUCAGAAACGAAGGUAUUGAUAUGACACAUAACCCAGAGUUUACCACUUGUGAAUUUUAUCAAGCUUAUGCUGAUGUUUACGACUUAAUGGAUAUGACUGAAUUAUUAUUCUCAGAAAUGGUUAAAGAAAUCACCGGCGACUACGUCAUUAAGUACCACCCAGAUCCAAACAAUCCAGAAAAGGAAUUAGAGUUAAACUUUGCUAGACCAUGGAAGAGAAUUAACAUGAUCGAGGAGUUAGAAAAGGUCUUCGAUGUCAAAUUCCCACCAGGCGAUCGAUUACACACUGCAGAAACUGGUGCUUUCUUGAAACAAAUUCUAAUUAAAAACAAAUUAGACUGUCCACCACCAUUAACUAAUGCUCGUAUGUUAGACAAAUUAGUUGGUGAAUUAGAAGAUAUGUGUAUUAACCCAACCUUUAUAUUUGGUCACCCACAAAUGAUGUCUCCAUUAGCUAAAUACUCUAGAGACCAACCAGGUUUAUGUGAACGUUUCGAAGUAUUCGUCGCUACUAAAGAAAUCUGUAACGCAUACACUGAAUUAAAUGAUCCAUUCGACCAAAGAGAGCGUUUCGAAGAACAAGCUAGACAAAAGGACCAAGGUGAUGACGAAGCUCAAUUAAUUGAUGAAACUUUCUGUAACGCUUUGGAAUACGGUUUACCACCAACUGGUGGUUGGGGUUGUGGUAUCGAUAGAUUAGCCAUGUUCUUGACUGAUUCCAAUACUAUCAGAGAAGUUUUAUUAUUCCCAACCUUAAAACCAGAUGCUCAAAGAGAUGAAACUGAGAAGAAAGUAGAUGCCAAUUAG